AUGCAAUGUUGGCUGAUUUCCGUGGUGGUCGUGGCAGUGUCUACGAUGAUUCUGCUUUUCCUUUUCAGCUUCGACAGUUUAGAGUAUCAGCAGAUUGGGCUCAACUACAGCUUCCUGAGCGAGAGCGUUGAGAAGGAGCCAUACAAGCCUGGCAGAUACUAUCUGGGCGUCACCAAUCGGUUCAUCAAAUUCCCCCGGACAGUGCAGUCCGUCAGUUUCAUUGAUGACUGGGCAGAGGGCCUCCAGGGGCCGGCGCUUCAAAGCCGAACAAAGGAUGGCCUCACAGUUCGUUUGGAGGUGUCCUUCCAGUACAAGCUGAUCUUCAACGAGCUGUACAACUUGUGGGCAACGUUGGGCCAUGACCACUACGAGACGACCUUUACACGGAUGGCCAUGGAGCAGCUCUCCACAGCUACCACGAACCACAAUGCGCAUUUCUUCUUCAGGAACAGAACGUACGUGAGCACCGAGAUGCAUCGAAAGCUUGACGAGCAUUUCCGGCAACAUGCCUUCGCAGAGGUACCGUUCUUCCAGCUGCGUACCGUGCACUUACCUGACGACUUUGAGGAUGCCAUCAGAGAGACCCAGGUCCAAGAGCAGCACAUCCACAUAGCGCGCCUGGAGCAGAAGAAGAAAAAGGUGACUUUCGCAACCGAGGUGCUCAAAGCGGAGCAGGCCGUCAAGAAGAUCAACAAUCAAGCUGAGGGUGAGGCCACCGCAACACUGACUAAGAACCGGGCAUACUGUGAGCAAUACAAGUACACGCAAGAGCUCCAAGCGGAUGCCCUAGAGGGCGUCAUUGCAGCCAGUGCCUGGACUGCCCCUGAACUUCUGGAUUUCCUUGGGCUCCGUGCUGUCCGUGACCAUCCUUCCGAGAACACGCUCAUCCGCAUUUGA